AUGGCAUUCUCCACCCAAUUUAUCUCGGUCCUGAUGUGUUUGAUGAGUUUCCAAAACGCAAUCAACGCUCAUCCGUCUGGCACCCCAGCCAACCGACCACGGUCCUCCAGCGGUCCAGCCCCACAAGGCUUGUCUUUGGCCCGGACCGCUGCUAAGCUCUCCCCGUCUUGUCAACUCGCUGCUUCUGGAUUGUUGGGCGACGAGUUCGAAAGUUGCGCUGAUAUACUCGGAUUGGUCUCGAUCUUUGAAGCCAAAGACUCUCUUGUCUCUCCCAUCAACACUUGGGUUUCCGGAGCUUGUUCUGCAAAGCCAUGUUCUAAGCAAAGCUUGGACAAAGCCAGUCAGAUGAUGAAGACCGGUUGUGCGAGCGAUUUACAAGAAGGAUCUAUUGCGGCAGUAGCUAUGUAUAGUAUCCUCACACAUUACGAUGUCACCAGGGAUAUGUUUUGCACUCAGUACAAGCAAAAUUCUACCUAUUGUCUACCUUCGGUCUUGGGUGAUGUUGAAUCCCAAAGCGGCGAAAAAAUAACUCUGGGAGAGGUGGUUUCCUUAAUCACCGGUAAAUUGACCAAGGCGGAUCGAGCGUUUAUGUCUGUUCCAAAGGAAACUUACUGUACCCCAUGUGGACAUGCGAUCGUCACUAAAUCGGCAACAAUGAUUGACGCGAUUCGAAAGGACCCAGUCGGGAUCGAAUUCAAUUAUAGCUCCUCUUCUACCGUCCAUCAGAUCAGCGAGAUCUGUGGGGCCGCUUUUGAGGACCAUCAGAUCCCCGACUCUGUCCAAAUCGCUCCUCCUCCUAAAUCUGGAAACCCCAUCGAAAAGAAACUUGCCUAA